AUGGCUCGUUCAUCAACCUCGCAGCUAUUGCCUCCAAUUACAACAUUCCAACCAACUCAACCACAACGACAAUUACCUUCUCCUCCUAUCCUACCUCCAGUUUCAUGCCUUGCCCCACCAAUACCCUCGGUAGUGUCUCCUCCGUCCGAAUUUCCCAACGAACACAAAAUCACCUCUCCAUACAUGUCUCAAUUAUCAUCAUACAUCCAAUCGCCUCCGACGGCUAAGCGUCAGGUGGAAGGAUAUGAUCGAGGGAACAUACAGCGUCAUCCCCCGCCCGUCGAUCCUGCAACCGAACUAUUGGCAGAAAAACGUCGUCGUAAUGCUGGCGCUUCGGCGAGGUUCCGCGAUCGCCGGAAGCAAAGAGAAAAGGAAAUGCAGGAAAAGUGUCAGUUUUUGGAAAAGCGUAUCCAAAAAUUGGAAGGUCUGGAUAGUGUCAAGAAGAUCAACGAGCUGGAAAAGAAAUUGGAAGAGGCAAACAAGGAAAAUCAGUCCAAAUUGAAGAAAAUCAAAGAGUUGGAGUCGCAGAUCGAACAAUUACGUUCAGAAGCAGACCACAGCUACGAGAUCCCGACUCCAUCUCCGUCAUCUGGCGAUCACUAUGUCAGCAAUGGAUCUGUGACAGAAAGGGAUGAUUUCGAUCGGUCUGCCAGGCAAUUCCAAUCGCCUAACUCACCGGAUGAGGACGGCAUAUCGAAUUCGGAGACAUCGCCAAGCGCAGAUGCGAAGGUGGCCAAGCUGACAGAUGUCAGAUCUUUGCUGUUACCGUAG